CUCCUCCCGGGGCCCAGCCUGGCCCCGGAGCCGAGGGGCCUUGUGGGAGUUGUAGGAGGGACAGAGGAAAAGCUGCGAGAGGCGGUGGACGGCAUUCUCGGUGCCGCGCGGCACAUUUUGGGAGAUGUAGUUCAGCUCCCUAGGUGCGCAAAAGGUAAGAGAAUUUACCAGAUUUGGCACCUGCUGGACCCAGUGAUGGACCCAGAAACAACCACGGUUUAUUUGGAAUAUUUCUAUGUUACAAGCCAAAAUCCUGAUAUUGAAGAGACCCACUCUCACGUUCCUUAUACAUCUGUCUUCCUUCCGGUCUUUUACACAGUGGUGUUCCUGACUGGAGCGUUGGGGAACGUCAUCCUCAUGAGUGCAUUGCAUUUCAAAAGGGGCAGCCGAAGACUGAUUGACAUUUUUAUCAUCAACCUGGCUGCCUCUGACUUCAUCUUCAUCAUCACGUUGCCUCUCUGGGUGGAUAAAGAAGCAUCUUUAGGACUGUGGAGGACAGGCUCUUUCCUGUGCAAAGGCAGCUCCUACAUGAUCUCAGUCAACAUGCACUGCAAUGUCUUCUUGCUCACCUGCAUGAGUGUUGACCGCUACCUGGCCAUCAUGUGUCCAGCCGUAUCCAGGAAAUUCAGAAAUAGAGACUGUGCGUAUGGAGUCUGUGCCAGUGUCUGGUUUAUCUCCUGCCUCCUGGGGUUGCCUACUCUUCUGUCCCGGGAGCUCACCCUGAUUGAUGGUAAGCCAUACUGUGCGGAGAAGAGGGCCACUCCAGUUAAACUGGCUUGGGGCCUGGUGGCCUUAAUUUUUACGUUUUUUGCCCCUUUGGUGAGCAUUGUGACCUGCUACUGUUGUAUCACAAGGAAGCUGUGUGUCCGCUACCAGCAGUCGGGAAAGCACAACAAAAAGCUGAGGAAAUCCAUAAAGGUCAUCUUUAUCGUCGUGGCAGCCUUUGUCUUCUCCUGGCUGCCCUUUAAUACUUUCAAGCUCCUGGCUAUUGUUUCUGGGCUGCAGCAAGAACUCUACUUUCCUUCAGCUUUUCUCCAGUGGGGCAUGGAGGUGAGUGGGCCCUUGGCCUUUGCCAACGGUUGCAUCAGCCCUUUCAUUUACUAUGUCUUUGACAGCUACAUCCGCCGGGCCAUCCUGCACUGCUUGUGCCCUUGUCUGAAGAAGUAUGACUUUGGGAGCAGCACCGAGACCUCAGACCUCACUAAGGCUCUCUCCAACUUCAUUCAGGCAGAGGAUUUUGCCAGAAGGAGGAAGAGGUCUGUGUCACUCUGAAAGGGACAGUGACAUUUCAAGCUCUGUUGGUGGAUCGGAGGGUUCAUUUGUGUCUGAGACAAGGAAAGAAGAAAAGUAUUGCUAGUGGUAAUAUUGCUUCAUGAAUACAAGGAAGUGUUCAUUUUUAAAGAGACAUCUAGAAAGUCUCUGUGUUCAUGGAUGUAAUUAGGCCGUAUGCUGUUUUGCUUUGGUUUUUUUCUUAGCUGAGUGGCCUUAUUUGACCCUUGCCAAUCAAGUUCACCACGCAAAAUACAACUCUUAUGUCUGCGAACUCUAAGAUAAAGGCUCCUGCUUGGGCCAGUUCCUUCCUUCAUGGUUGUUAAUGAACAUCCAAGCUUUUUCCUCUCUCAGGAACCUAGAUCCACACGACCCUUCAUACUGGGCUCCAAAGUGGACAACAUUUAAAGGAUUCUGCCCACUUGUAUCUGGUGAGAAAUGUGGUGACAGUGCAGGUAGUAAAAAAUGUAAUACACCUGUGCUCAGUAAUUAAUUAUUCCUGAGUAAUGAAGUGAGGUUCUGGCCUUAAUCUUUAAAACUUUAUAUGGUAAUUCUACACCAUCUUCCAACAUUGUCUUUCACCCGAUACCAUUCACAAUAACUUUGGACUGGCGAAACCUCACUGGGAUAAAAUCAUUUUGUAUUGUGUUUGUGAUUUGGGACUUACUUUACCAUUUGGUCUUCAAGGGUAUUUUAACAAGAAAGCAUAGGACAAGGUUUGACUUUUAUUUUCCUUAUAAGAUAUGUCGGUUAAAAUGUAUCUUAUUAUAAUGAUGUAGUAACUCCUUUUCAAUGGGGUUUUACUGUGCUCUUUGUUUCCAUUGCCUUUAUAAAUUAGGAUAUGGCUUUGUUUUAAUUAUAUGUUUUUAAUUACCUAGUUAUCUAGUUAUCAAAUAAAAGUGCUACUACUACUGUAAUUAGAGGUCAUCAAAUGCUUAGCAACACCCUAGUGCAGAUUAUCAUUUUGUAUUUUAAUUAAAGUGUCCGUGCUACACAGUCCCUGUAGCAUCAUUCGCUUGGUGUGUGUAAUUUCAUGAUUUGAUCCAAUAACAUAGGAAGACAGGAUGCUCUGUAUUCAGCUGAAGGGAAAAAUCCAUAUCAAAGAUGUUAUUGGUAUUUUACAUACAUUUGUGUGUGUGUGUGUGUGUGUGUGUGUGUGCGUGUGUGCGUGUGUGGUACGCAGGCCUCUCACUGUUGUGGCCUCUCCCGUCGCGGAGCACAGGCUCCGGACACACAGGCCCAGUGGCCAUGGCUCACGGGCCCAGCCGCUCCGCGGCAUGUGGGAUUUUCCCGGACCGGGGCACGAACCUGUGUCCCCUGCAUCGGCAGGCAGACUCCCAACCAGUGCGCCACCAGGGAAGCCCCUUUCAUACAUUUUUUGAAACUCAGAGACCUUCUGGACUUCCUUACCUGAUAAAUAUUUACUGAGUCAAUUUGUACCUAUACUCCUUUUAAAGAAUUUGAAGUGGAAAAUGUAAUUAGCAGCAACCACAAAAGGCUUUGCAGCAGCAAACAUACUAUUGUAAUAUAUCUUUUGGUUCAAGAUAAAGUAGGUUAUGUUUUUACUCCCACUGUUUACACAAAUGAAUUAUUGCUUUAUUUUUAAAUAUUAGAUUUGAAAAUCAGAGAAAGCUUAGAAUCUUUUCAGAGACUAGGUAAUUCAAGUU